AUGGAUGAUGACAUAUUUUUUGAUCUGUAUGAGGAAGAGCAACAAACACCUAUCUUUGAGUUUUCAAGCAAGAGAACAGAUUUAAUGGGACCACCACCAUGUGUUGAUGAUCUAAUCUUGCCAUCACAGAGAAGCAUCACUUCGACCCAAGUGGAUAAACUGUUUUCAUCAGACUCUAUUUUCUCCAACUCACAAGAUUUUUAUUCAGUCAAAAGUAAUUCCCAAAGACCAAGCACACCAACACUGUUUGAUGAUGAACCUGAUGAUAGUAUUCUUUCACCAAGUACUGAUUCCCUGAGAAAACAGCUAUUUCCUGAUACUCCUAAAACUGUACAUCAUGAAACUCUAAAUAGUUCAGCAGGAUUUAGGAAAAGAUCAUUAUUCAAACCACCAUUAAGACCUAAUAACAUUCCACAAUAUUCAGGCAGUAGUCAAGGUUCAUUGAGUACUCAGCCUACCAACAACAGCAGCAAUAGAAAAGAUGCCAUUCAUGCUGGAAGUGACCACUCUGUCAAAAAGCCUGACUUCUCAUGGAGUAGACAUCAACAUUCCAGUACACUUGGCAUAUCAGAUAGUCCCCAUCCUCUAACCAUUCCAGGUUUUGUAACUCCAGGUGGCAGUAAAGGAGAAGUCACUAAACUACGACCUGUGACAGAAAUUCCUGAAAAAUAUCGCUCUGUGUUCAGUGAAUAUCCAUAUUUCAAUAUUGUGCAAUCCAAAGUAAUGGAUGAUGUUUUGUACAGUGAUAAACCUCUAGUCGUCUGUGCUCCUACUGGAUCUGGUAAAACUGUUAUCUUUGAAUUAGCUAUUAUUAGGUUGAUGAUUCAAAUGGGUUCAUAUGCUGCUAAUGAUGAAAAAUGGGACAGCAUGACAAGAAAGUGGAGGGAUAACAAAUCAUUGGUACAAAUGGUUCGACUGUUUCUCAUUGAUGAGGUACAUACUUUAAAUGAUGAAGCACGUGGUGCUACUAUGGAAGCAGUGAUAAGUCGAAUGAAAACAAUCCAAACAGCACUAAAAGAGAACCAGUCAUUGGCAAAACACAGUAAACUUAGAUUCCUGGCUAUAUCAGCAACUAUAACAAACAUUUGUGAUAUAGGAGAGUGGUUAGGAGAAGUUAGUGAGCCAGCUGUUAUGCACAAAAUGGAUGAUACACACAGACCUGUCAGACUGAGAAAAGUUGUUCUAGGAUUUCCAUGUCAUGAGAACCAGUCAGAAUUUAAGUUUGAUUUGUCUCUCAAUUAUAAACUUAGUGGAGUCAUUCAGACAUACUCAGAUCAGAAACCAACUCUUGUGUUCUGUGCAACAAGAAAAGGUGUUCAACAAGCUGCCAGUACCUUGGUGAAAGAUGCUAGAUUUAUCAUGAACUCUCAACACAGACAGCGCCUUCAAAAGUAUUCCAAUAUGCUGAAAGAUUCAAAACUUAGAGAUUUGGUUGUAUGUGGGGUUGGGUACCAUCAUGCAGGACUGGAUAUAUCUGAUAGAAAAACUAUAGAGAGUAUGUUUACCAAGGGAGAUUUACCUGUAUUGUUGGCUACAAGUACUCUUGCCAUGGGAGUGAAUCUUCCCGCUCACCUAGUUGUUGUGAAAUCCACCCAACAUUACGUAACAGGAAUGUACUGUGAAUACAGUGAAACUCAGGUACUUCAAAUGAUUGGUAGAGCUGGAAGACCCCAAUUUGAUACAACAGCUACAGCAGUCAUAAUGACAAGAUUUAAUACGAAGAAAAAAUAUGAAGCUUUGUUGAAUGGAACACAAAAUAUAGAAAGCAGUCUCCAUCUGCACAUAAUGGAACACUUAAAUGCUGAAAUAGUACUCAAUACUAUCACUGAUAUGAACAUUGCGUUGGAAUGGUUGAAAUCUACUUUCCUCUACAUCAGAGUAGUCAAAAAUCCAACCUAUUAUGGAAUUCCUCCUGGAUUAAGUAAAGAAGCCCUGGAGAAUAAGCUGAAAGAUAUGUGCAGUAAGUACAUAAACUCCCUGAAGGAAAUUGACCUUGUAACAAUGGAAGAUGAUAAUUUAGUUCUAACAUCAACAGAACUUGGGAAAUUGAUGGCACGAUACUGCAUAGCAUAUGACACCAUGAAGCUGUUCACAAAAAUCAGUGGUCCUACAUCGCUUAGUGAGCUGGUUAACAAUGUGUCCAAUUGUAAGGAGUUCAGAGAUAUUCAGUUGAGAGUAAGUGAGAAAAGAGCUUUGAAUGCUUUGAAUUCAUCUAAGAAUAAAGCAACCAUAAGGUUCCCUAUGGUUGGAAAAAUCAAAACUGCUGCAAUGAAAGUUAACUGCCUUAUUCAAGCAGCGUUUGGAUGUCUACCAGUCCAAGAUUUUGCUUUGGCACAGGACACCAACAAAAUCUUCAGAGCUGGACAGAGAGUUACUAGGUGUUUGACCGAGUACUUCAUGCAGAAGAGUGAUUUCCAUGCAGCUGUAAAUUCUGUUCUACUUAGCAAAUGCUUUAAAGCAAAGCUAUGGGAAAAUUCUGGAUAUAUUGCAAGACAAUUGGAAAAAGUAGGACCAACAUUAACUCAAGCAAUGGUAAAUGCUGGACUCACUACAUUCAAAAGUAUUGAAGAAACUAACCCAAGAGAAAUUGAAUUGAUUGUAAAUCGUCAUCCACCUUUUGGAAAUCUGAUCCAUGAAGCAGUCAAGACUUUACCUAAAUAUGAUGCAGUUAUUACUCAGGGGGAUACCAUUCUGUGCAAAAAUGGUACAUGGUCUAAGAGAAUUGAAGUUCAAAGAGCAAAGAAGGGGGAAGAAAUAUUUGUCCAUCUCAUAAGCCAAGAUUUAGUUGGUCUUGAUGUCCAGAAAACAUUUAAACCUGUGUAUCUUGGCCAGUAUAUGAAAGGUGUUGAUUGUAAACAAGAGAAACUCCUGAAGAAAGACAUAUCUUCUGCCACUAGACCAAAAAGUCAAGACGAACAGACAGGAAGAAUACCCUGCAGCCAUCGCUGCAUUAAUAAAGAUGUUUGUGGACAUGAAUGUUGUAAAUAUGGCGUGAAGUCAAAUAGAAUAAAUAGAAGCCUAAAGCCAAUGGUUGCAGUUGAACCAUGCAAAGGCUCUCAUGUACAGGGUCAUAUUAGUCAGUUACAUUCUAAAGUACAGCAAAUACCAAAUGCUCCUCCUUUAAAGAGACUUAAGUUAGAGAAGGUAAGCCCAGACAAGCCUGAGCAGGAUUCCUACUUGUCCAACAGCUAUUAUAAUAACAAAGAAUACUUGCAGUAUUUAGGAUGCAAUGACAGUGAUUGGGAAGAUAAUGAUGACAUAGAGAUCCUGAAAAACACUCUCCUUGAUGAAGUACCAAUAUGUGAUGAAUAUACAGUAGAUGACGUCGACUAUGACCAGAUAGAAGAUGACUUGGACAACAUAGUUAACCAUCCAAAGGAUUUCUCUACUGCUAGUCAGUACUUCUCUGCUCAAAAUAAUAGUAAUCAAUAUACAUCAUACAGCAAUAUACCCACUAAAAGUAGUCUUCUUUAUAAGUUGACUCCUACCAGUAGAUGUCAACAACAGUCAUAUACGCCAGGAAUCAGUAAGCCGUCUACAGCGGUCAUCAAUAAAGGGCACAGAAACUUUCAGUUUUCACCAAGUAAGCCGCUUCCACCUUAUGAGCUAAAGAACCAGAAACAACCACCAAAAUAUACUAUUUACACGCAGCCUGAUAGAAUAUUAAACCAGUCAAAUGAAGAAAUGAUUGAAUAUGGAAGUAAAGCUGACCAGAACACCAUUACCACUAAUCUCAGAAACAAAUUUUCAUUCAAAAAAGUGAAGAAUGUUUCUUUUAAUCCGGCAAAUUAUAGUGAACACAAGUAA